AUGGCAACAACGUUAUCACGCGUCACCGCAUCACCGGACCCGGAGGAGGAGGAAUUAGAUCUGGAGCUCAGUUCGCUUCGCGCAAAAAUCUGCAAAGUUCGAAGCCGCAAGCGUAUCCUCACCUCCAGCCUUCUGACGACCGACCCCGUCCAAAAACUCCUCCGCAAUCCAGCGCAAGUCCCUACAUCGCUCAACAACAUUGCAGCAAUAUCCCCCCUAGUCCACGCGGCUGGCGCCCACACCUCAUCAAACCACCACCGCAUCGCCUUCAGCGCCACCGCCUUCCCCUUCAAAGACCCAUCACCAACAGCCACCGUCACAAACCUCCUCGGCCUGCGCCUUGACGUCUGCACGCGCAAUGGCCGCUUCACUAAGCCCUACUAUGUUCUUCUGCGACAAGAACCGAGCCACACUGCUGCUGGUUCCGCGAAGGUCCUAAAGGUUCAUAGACAUACAGUGCCAAGCUUCAUAUCCAUCCCCCGGCUAGAGCGCGUCUAUCUUCCCCGAGCUCACACAUCACACAAAAACGACGACCGUGAAGGUUCGGCCGAGGAUGAAGCCGAAGCUGCUGACCCUGCAAAGCCAUGGAAGAAGAGCAGCCGAGCUGUGCUAGAACAAGAUGUACGGGGUUUCGUGCGCGAGCUGCGGAGGGAGCUGGUGGCGUGGCAUAUGCGGACUGAUGCUAUUGACUUCCUGCGCGAGAAGCUGGGUCUUGUUGGCGAGGAUGGGGAACCGCAGCCGUUUGACGUUUCGCCGGAUCGGGAUACGGGGAUUGUGUCUUUGGCUGCUGCUGCGCUGGAGGCGCGGUAUGUGCGACUUGAGUGGGCAGACGGACGGGUUGGGCGGUUUAAGCUUUCUAAUGCUGGUAUUGUGGAGCGGGCUGUUGUUAUUGGCGAUGAGGGCCGUGAUAAGAAGACUGAAGAUGCCAUGACUGGGGGUGGGGGCAGGGUUGAGACGGUUUUAGAUAGGUUGAAGGUGGAUGUUUCGUCAAAAUCACCUUGA